AUGAUUUAAAAAAUAGCUAGAUAAAUCAUGAAUCGAAGGGCUUUCUUAACUGCUAUAGCUAACGAAGCCACAUUUUUAGAUUAAGACAUGGCUUAUUUUAAAAAAGCUGCUGGACAUGCUAAAAUAAGUCAAGACAAAUUGGAGUAAUAAAAUUUGAUAGUUUUUAGUAUUGAUAAGAGCAUAGAUAUUGUUAUCAAAUUCAAUUUGCCUUAUGGAACAUAGAUUUGUGUAAAAAUUUCAAAAUAAAUUAGGUUCCUGUGUAUCGAGCUUAACACAAAAUUUAUAGAUUGGCUACUAAAGUUGGAAGUCCGCAUGGAAUAAACCCAAGAAAAUUUUCUAAAAGAGAAAUAGAAACUUUGAUGAGAAGAUAUACUCUUGAGUUGGCGAAAAAGAAUUUCAUUGGGGCUGCUAAAGAUGUGCCUGGACCUGAUAUAGGAGUAUCAACUUUUUAUUUAUAUUAAAAAAAGACUAAGAUGCCUACAGAAAGUUUAAGGGUCAUUAAGAUAUAAAUUCUGUAGGCUGUGUCACUGGAAAGCCAAUUAUUUAAGGUGAAAUUUCUGGUAGAUAAGAACCAACAGGAAUGGGAGUAAGUUAAUUAAAAUAUUAAUUAGAUUUUCUUUACAACAAGACAAAUUUUAAAUGAUUCCAAGUUUUGUCAAUCUUUAGGUAUUGAACCAAAUUUAAAAGGAAAAUCCCUUAUUAUCCAAGGUUAUGGCAAUGCAAUAAAAAUUUUUCUUUAAAAUAAGUAGGCUGAUUUUGUGCUAAAUACAUGUAUGAUUAUGAGGCUAAGAUAAUUGGAGCAGCAGAACAUGAUGGAUCUAUUUUCAAUCCUAAUGGAAUAAAUCCUUAU